GUCUAUAAAAUACAUAAUCUUCACAAACUGGACACAAAAUAAAUCAUCUAUAUGAAGAGAAAAUAUCCAAAACCGAUAUGAUGUAACGAGACCCAGAUUCACAUCGAAUGGAAUGUUCAAAAAAAUUGUCAAAAUCUUCACACCAUCCCACCUCGGUGGAGAGUUACACAACACGAGGUGCGCCGGCGCAGCUCUCACCGCCAGUCGCACCUGACGCGCCGGCGCGGACACCGACAACACCCGAGCACGCACGAGGCCGCACACCGCCGCCAAACAACCGCAGUACUACAUACUACUCACAAUCAUUCUUUAAGUGGUUUCAUAUAAAUUAACGGAUUUUGUUAUUGCUUUUGAUAAUUUUUGUAAGUGUGCUGAGCUUGGGAUCCGAGUGAGAGUGGUGUGAGGAAAGUGAGUGCAGGCGGAGCAUGCGCUUGCGCCGCUGAUAUUUUCACUUUCUACGCGACGGGACAUUGCGCACUAUGACUCCCGUGAUACGGCUCGGCGCCAUCCUGUGGCUGUUCUGCGCCGCACUAGCAGAAGUCACAGAACAAAACACCACGACCACCACGAAGGCGAUACGGACCACGAUCCUACCGUCCAGAACCACGAGAACAGAACUCAAGGUGUCCAGGAGCCUGAACCCUCUAGAAACACAAACACUCAACGUGAGAACGAAAGCAGGACAUGUGACGCAACUCAUUGUUAAGAAAAAGGACAAGUCUACCACUCACCAUGCCAGUAGCACUACUCCUGAACCCACGACUGUUUCGAUAAAGACAACAGUAUCAGUCUUCAACAGUACCUCCGAUGAAAACAAAAAUAAAACAGAAUCGAGGGACCAAAGAAAACUGAACUUCAUGGGCGCAGUAAACAGCGAUCUAGCUGGAUAUGACUACUACAUGAACCGAAACAAAAACGCUGAGGAGCCCACCGAUAUCAAGGCGGAGUACGGCAACUGGUCGCCAGUGUCUGUGUACCCUGAGUCUCAUAUCCAGGAGGACGGAGGCAAACCCGACGCCGACCCUGACACUGCCAACUACUACCCCACGUACGACAAUGAAAAGAAAACUGAAAACAAAAAGGUGUACAUAACAUCAACUAGCCUUUUAAACUACGGAGGUCCUAUCAAAAGUUACAGGUUUGAUCCCCACAAUCCAGUCAUAAAGAAUGACAGAAACCCAGUCUACAUUGAAGUCGUAAGCACUAAAGUUUCUGAAGGCGAAGGGAAAUCGUACAAAGUACCGGAUCCAGUUGUUAUAAGUUCAGAACCUAUGUACAUAAAGAAAGCCAUAGAUAAAUACAAUAAGCGUGGUCGAUCAAUCCUUACUCUUGGUGAAGACGGCAUUCCAGAAAUCCAAGGUGUGAGGAUGCCCGAUGACGAGUCGGAUAAAAAAACUUGGCGCAACGCUAGAGUUGUAAACGGAGAGCUCCUUCCUUAUCCAGAGGGUUACACUCCACCGAAAGCUGUACCUGAAGCUGACGUGUAUCCGGACGUCGCCGCCGCAGACCCCGCGCAAAGCUUCGGACCCUUCACCAAAGCAGACAACUUUGAACCAAAAGACGGCCCAUUCACCAAAUUCGAUAAUUUGAAAUUCGAACCCUCUGACAACGGCCCGUAUUUGACAAGUGAUAAUCCGACGUACUCAUACAAACAGAAAAAAGACAAUUAUUAUCUGAAAUCCGGCUACGGUCCUUUCACCAAAGCUGAUAAUUCGAAAGUUGCAAACUCGAAACUCAUCGAAUAUAUUAAGCAGAUAAACGAACAAGAAUCGAAACGCGAUUACUUCAGUGGCCGCAGCUCAAGGUCGCACAAUGGCGAUUUGGAUUACGCGGAAAGCCACAUCCAGAGACGUAUGCUCCAACACACCGGCGAAGUCAACUUCCCCAACUCCGCCUUGUACACGCCGAAGAAUUCUAAACCCGGUUUUGAUGAAAGUGUUAGGAACCCGGUCCUGCAAUACGCUCAUCCUGAUCUAGGAGUGCAGCCCGCGAAAGCGACUCGUGACGGUGUAGACGGCUACAAACUCGAAGAACGAAAAAUUAAGUAUUACACAAAUAACGUGCCCAAGAGCGCGCACCCGUACCCUAUGGAACCGGUUAACGGCUACGGACAACAACGUUCCCAGGCCAACAUAAACGCUAACAAGUACUACGAAGACGAAUACAACAAGUUUUCUUACUACGACAACAGCUACGCCCCCAGCCAGAGCGCCCCGCGGUACCCUUACAACAACUACGCUUACAUUAAACGCGUGCCUGAGCCCUCUCUGUGGAAAAGAUUUACUGACUCGAUGAAGGACACGUUCAACUCCGCCAGCCAGACAGUGCAACAGUUUACCAAACCUAUUAUUGACCCCAUUGCCAAAGUAACGCAACCCGUCUUCGACCCUAUUGUAGAGGCAACUCAAAAGAUUUCAUCUAACUUGGGUUUGUACCCCUCGAACUCCAUCCAAACACAGAGGUACGCGCAGGACAAGAUAGGCGUGGUGGCGGCGGCUUCCGGAGCCCCUGCGAUGUUACCGGCUAUCGGACUGAUGGCUGGCGGAGCUGCCCUAGGGCUCGGUGCAGUGGCUGUUGGGAGAUUCUUAGACGUGAACCUAAUGCGUAGCGCUGGUUUAAGUGAGGAUGACAUUCAGGACGAGAUUGAGAAAGAACACAAACGUUCUUUUGGCAGUUCAUACGACAUAGACAGACAAAUUCUAAGUACCCAAAAAAUUUACGACGACAACUACAAGAUGCCAAGUGAAAACGUAUACGUUGUAAUGUCACCUGACGGAGAAACCACACGUACCAAGCGUGAUGUAUUAAAUUUCUUCCAAGAGCCAAGUUACCAAGGCGCUCGGUUACGGAGAGUGAAGCGAAAGCACAUCACUAAGCGGUCUUUAAACGAGGACCUGCCUGACGACCUGCAACAGCUGGACAGUCCCGCAAGCCCGCAGUCCCUCACGUCAGCCGCCAUGGACCUCGUCAAGCAGACUGACUGGAGGGACUCUCAGUGCGCCAAGUUCACCUUCUGUAAAGUGCUUACGUCACAGUCAUCAGAUUCAAUCUUCGCGAUGGAAAAGAAGAUGGAGUCUUUAUUAAAACUCAUUUCCCGUGGCGGCGCAGGCGCAGCGACGGUGGCGCACCAGCUCGGUGACGUCAUGAAGGCCAGCAAGGACCACGACUGCCACCGCUUCCGAUGUGAUCAGCACUAGAAGAAUCUUCGUAAUAUUCAGGGACACCUUACCAAUUGAAUACUUUACUAGAAUCCUGCUGUAAAUUGAGCAAGGGCCCUGUUGUUCGAGAACGAAAAUUAUUUUUUGUUGGCAAAAAUUAUAGAAACCAAUUACCAUAUUGGUAAAUUGUUCCAUCGAUCCAUCGUUAGUGAUCUUAUUUUUCGUUGUAAAUAAGUUCUUUCCUUUGAAUUUCAGAUAUUUAUGUAAGUUAUUCAAAUAUUAUUCUAUUCAUUGUAAGCAAUACAAAAUCGAAUCGACUUUAAAAUUGGAACACAUCAAUGAAAGACAACAAUUCUUGGUAGUGUGACCAGUAAACAAAUAAUUUAUUGUUAUUUAUUCUGUAGUCUUAAGUUAGUUAGUAUAGAUGCUAAGGUUCCAGGGUGAGAAAGUCACGGUUUAUUUAUUAAAAAGUUAUUGUGCAGCAAAAUAGAGGGAAGUGAUCUAUUUGUUGUGCAUCGCAUUAUAAAUAAAGCUUGUGACGUAAAUUGUAAAUAAAGCUUACAAAAUCGAGACGACUAAUAAUCGCAAGGUCGAUUUUUAAGCGCUUAGCGAAAGGCAGGCCUUACGUGAGUAGCCAUCAGUGGCACCCGCCAUAUAACGAGUCGUUCCUAAUGUCAGUACCACCACCACUACACUGCACACCACCAGCUGGCGACAUCGCUUCGUUCGUAUUUAUUGUUACCAAAUAACUAUUUAUAUCAAAAGGCUAUUGUCUCGUAAAUUAUUGUAUUUAUUCUAUUAGAUUAAAUUAUUUAAUCACUAAUUCGUUGAGUUACUUUUAUUCAUUAAGUAAAUUAUUAAAUUGUUUCUAAGACCUAAAUGUCAGAGACCUAAAUGUCUUACAUUUACGAGAUUGGAAUUCUAUCAUCGUUUUAUUUAUGCAACAUACUAUAUUUAACUAUAACUUUGUAACCUAAUUUUAUUUUUAUUUAAUAGAUGGCGCUGUAAGUUGUAAAUACGCUUUUUCAGAGAAUGUAAAUUAUUUAUUUAUUUUUGUACGAUUAAAAUAAAAAAUAAUUGAAAUAAA